GGUCUUGGCGGGCUCAUGGCGCGGCGCAGGCGCACUGAGCCCUCGGCGCGGACCGCGCAAGCUGAAUAAUAAAAGGGGUGCGGCGGAGAGGCAGGAAGACAGGACCAUGUCGAAGGGCCCCGGGCCCGGCGGCCCCGCGGCUUCCUCGGCGCCCUCGGCCGCUACCGCCCAGGUGCUGCAGGCGCAGCCCGAGAAACCGCAGCACUACACGUACCUGAAGGAGUUCCGCACGGAGCAGUGCCCGCUGUUUGUGCAGCAUAAGUGCGCCCAGCACCGUCCGUACAGCUGCUUCCACUGGCACUUUGUGAACCAGCGUCGCCGCCGCUCCGUCCGCCGCCGCGACGGGGCCUUCAACUACAGCCCCGACAUCUACUGCACCAAGUACGACGAGACCACUGGCCUCUGCCCGGAGGGAGAUGAGUGCCCGUUCCUGCACAGAACCACAGGAGACACGGAGCGGCGCUACCACCUGCGCUAUUACAAAACCGGCAUCUGCAUCCACGAGACGGACUCGAAGGGGCACUGCGCCAAGAACGGGCCCCACUGCGCCUUCGCCCACGGCCCCCACGACCUCCGCUCCCCCGUCUAUGACAUCAGGGAGCUGCAGGCCAUGGAGGCCCUGCAGAACGGCCAGGCGGUGGCAGAGGCAGCUGGCGAGGGGCAGUCGGCCCUGGCCGCUAGUCACAUCAUGAUUGAGAAGAUCCUGAGCGAGGAGCCCCGCUGGCAGGACACUGCCUACGUGCUGGGCAACUACAAAACAGAGCUGUGCAAGAAGCCCCCCCGGCUGUGCCGCCAGGGCUACGCCUGCCCCUACUACCACAGCAGCAAGGACCGGCGCCGCAGCCCCCGCAAGCACAAAUACAGGUCCUCGCCAUGCCCCGGCGUGAAGCACGGAGACGAGUGGGGCGACCCCAGCAAGUGCGAGCACGGGGACGCCUGCCAGCACUGCCACACCCGCACCGAGCAGCAGUUCCACCCCGAGAUAUACAAGUCGACCAAGUGCAAUGACAUGCAGCAGUCGGGCAGCUGCCCGCGAGGACCCUUCUGUGCCUUCGCCCACGUGGACCAGCCCCCGCCGGGGGACGACCUGCCGCCGCCCUCGGCCGUGCCCAGCCCCACCCAGGCCGGCCCCGUGCUGUUUGUGCCGUCUGCGGCCGGAGACUCGGUCCCCGCCAGUCCCUCCAGCCCCCACGCCCCGGACCUCAGCAGUGCCAAGUUGAAACCGCACCCCCUGGAACCCAGGAGCCAAGACCAGCCCCCGCGGCAGUCCCAACAGGAGCUGUUGGGCCUUCUCCCCGGGGCCAGCCCCCUCACCUCCGGCAUCUCUUCUAGUCUCACCUCCAGCCUGGCAGCCACACCCCCCAGCCCCGCGGGCACCAGCAGCGCCCCCGGCAUGAACGCCAACGCCCUGCCCUUCUACCCCACCAGCGACACGGUCGAGUCUGUCAUAGAGUCGGCCCUGGAUGAUCUGGACCUCACCGAGUUCGGGGUGGCCGCCCUUGAGAAGACGUUCGACAGCGGCCCCGUGCCCCCAACGGGCGGCGGCAUCGUGAUCGGCGGGAGUCUACUGCAGAGCUCCGCUCCGGUCAACAUCCCCCGCUCCCUGGGCAGCUCCGCCUCCUUCCACUCGGCCUCCCCCUCCCCGCCGCUCAGCCUGUCCUCCCACUUUCUGCAGCAGCCCCAGUCCGAAAGCCCCUUCCUGGGGGCCUCUGCGCCCCACGGCUCUUUGGGCUUAAAUGGGAUGAGCAGCAGCAUCUGGGAGCACUUCCCUUCGGGGAGCUUCUCUCCCGGCACAUCCCCCGCCCUCCCGUCGGGCCUGGGGGCCGCUGAGCUGGCCCGCCUCCGCCAGGAGCUGGAAGAAGCCAACGGCACCAUCAAGCAGUGGGAGGAGUCGUGGAAACAGGCCAAGCAGGCCUGCGACGCCUGGAAGAAGGAGGCCGAGGAGGCCAGCGAGCGCGCCAGUGCCGCGGGCGUCGAGUGCGAGGUGGCGCGGGGGCAACGGGACGCCCUGGAGCAGCAGGUGAGGAAGCUGCAGGGGGACCUGGAGCGGCUGCACAGCGGGCGGGACCCCCCGGACCCCGCGGACCCUCCGGCCCCGCCGCGCUCCUUCUCCGACCUGGAGGCCCUGCCUCUGGCCACCCUGUACGGCCUCCAGCAGCAACUGCGCUCCAACCUGGAUAAGGUGGACAAGGCCGUGUUCCAGCUGCGCUCGCAGACCUGCCUCAAGUGUCAAGAACAGAAGCGGGUAGUGCUGCCCUGCCAACACGCCGUGUUGUGCGAACCGUGCGCCCAGGAGGCCGACUGUCCCGUCUGCCGCUCCCCGCGCCCACAGCCCCCGCCCUCCUGACGCCGCCUGCCCGCCGUCCCCGCCCGUCCGCCGCGGAGCUGCUUAAAGUAGAUAUCCGUGUACAUAUGUGUCCGUGUGCGUGCGUGUGCACGCGGCGGCUGUCUGUGAGUGUGUGUGUAUGUGUGUAUCUAUAUGUAUAUAUAUAUAUCUAUAGAUCUGUAGAUAUAUAUAUAUAUAUAUAUCUGUACAGAGAGGUGGGCACAUGCUUAAAGCAGAGGUAGUUACAAGCACUUUGAAGAGGUCAGGCCUGGGGUAGGUGGCUGGGGCUGACUGGGCUGGCCAUUGACCCCCCCCAAGGGGAAGGCCGCGGGGGCCGGUGGUGGGGUGUGUGUGUGUGUGUGUGUGUGUGUGUGUGUGUGUGUAGAGUGGUGAAGGGACCACCCCUGGGUCCAGAGCCUGGCCAGCAGGCCCCCCUCACUACCCUCAGCACUCAAAGGGGCUUGAGGAUUUGACCAAAUUUGUGUUAGGAAAAGGGCAGUAGAGUCAAACCAGCCAGCCUGGGGGUGGGAGGAGGUAGCGGGGUUCUGGGCAGCCUCCCACCCUGAUCGCUCAGGGGGCAGCGGGAGGGAGGACUUACUUCCUCCAACCUGAGCCAUGGGCUGGUGGAAGGGACCCGGGCUGUGGCCGUGGUAUCCUUCCUCUUGGCCCGGCGUGUGGGGAGGGCUCAGUGAGGCAUUCUCCACACCCACCCCUACACUCUCUUUACAAGUGGGGAAACAGAUUGAAUCAACACAAUUCUGUCAGUUCCCGUCCUCCACCCCACGCUCUGCUGCCUGGCUGUGGGAAGGGUUUUUGUGGGGUUGUGUUCCCACACAGAGCAGGCACCUCCCUGCCCUUCUCUCCCAUUUCCUUAGUGGGUAAGUAGGUGUGUGGCUGGGCAGCGGGGCGGGGGGGGGGAACCUACAGCCAGAGAGGGGGACCCCUGGCAUCAGGCUCUGGGCAGAGGGGCCUGUGUGCAUGUGUGUGGUGUGUGCAGCUGUGUCAGUGUGUGUUGGGGCGGCCUGUUCGCCAGCAGUAUUUAUUGUGCUCCCACUGCCUAAGGUUGAGGGGAAACAUGCGUGAGAGUCCACCCUGCUCUCACUCCCAUGGGAGUCCAGUAUGGGUCUGAAAGAGAGAGAGAGCGAGCGUGCAUGUGUGUGUGUAUGUGUAUGUGUGGGUGAGAGAGAUGGAGCAUGGGGAGCAGGAGGACAGAUGGGGAGGGGGUGCUGCCCCUCCUUUAGACCCCUGCAACUCCCCCCCAAGGGCAGCUACCAGCAGUGGAGGGGGUUUGGGGGAGAAAGAGAGGGAGCUUCCCAGACCGGGAAGGGUUAACAUACAUGCUUAGAGGCGGCAGUGCCAGGAAGUCCGGGAUGCCGGUGUGUCCAAGGCGUAGGGCAGCGUGGUUCAGUCCAGAGGGCAGGUGCAGUGGCAGUUCCAGCACAGGUAUUCUGGGAGUCUGGGUCACUGGGGGCGGGGGGUGGCGGGAAGAGACCCUCCCCACCCCCAGCAGGGGCCAGGGCCGCUGGGGUCCGGGGUUGCGGAGAGGGAGGAGGGUGGCUCGCCCGACCUCUUCCUGCCCUGCGGCCCUGGCUCGGACCUCCGCCUGGGGCUGGGCACAGGUGGGCAGAGUGGAACUGGCAGGGAGGCGGCUGGCUCUCCGCAGCAAAGAGCAGGAUGGAUUUUUUAAGAGGACAAUAAAUUUUUAUUUUUUUGCUAAGAAAA